AUGACUUCCAUCCGCACAAUUCUAUGUCUUGCUGCCUCUCAAAGAUGGCCACUUCAUCAAAUGGAUGUGAAGAAUGCCUUCCUUCAUGGUGACCUCAUAGAGGAUAUUUACAUGACUCUACCUCAGGGCUUGUUUUCUCCUUCCACUAACGUGUGCAAGCUAAAACGCUCUUUAUACGGCCUACGACAAGCACCUAGGGCAUGGUUUGAGAAGUUUCGAUCCACUCUUCUUGGAUUCUCCUUUGUUCAAAGUCAAUAUGAUUCUUCUUUAUUCAUUCACCAUACGACAACUGGUAUUGUUCUUCUUCUCAUUUAUGUUGAUGAUAUGGUAAUUACGGGUUCUGAUCAUACAUCCAUCCAGCAUCUUAAAGAGCAGCUCAAGGCUUCUUUUCAUAUGAAAGACCUCGGUCCUCUUCGUUAUUUCUUAGGUCUCGAGGUUUCCAUGGACUCUACAGGUCUCUUUCUCCAUCAACAUAAAUAUGUUGAAGACUUGAUUUCUCUCGCCGGUCUCCACUCUACUACACCGGUGGAUACUCCUCUUGAGAUUAAUGUUAAAUAUCAUCGUGAUGAGGGUGAUCUUCUAUCGGAUGCUUUACUAUAUCGACAGUUGGUAGGUAGUCUUAAUUAUUUGACGAUUACCCGCCCUGACAUUGCUUUUGCAGUCCAACAGGUGAGUCAAUUUAUGCACACUCCACGUCAUCAUCAUUUAGCUGCUGUUCGUCGCAUUAUACGCUAUCUGAAAGGUACCUCUAUGCGUGGUCUUUUCUUUCCCAACGAUUGCCCAACUACCUUGGUGGGAUAUAGUGAUGCUGAUUGGGCUGGUUGUCCUGAUACUCGGAGAUCCGUCACUGGUUAUUGUAUGUUCCUUGGGCCUGCAUUGAUUUCCUGGAAAAGUAAAAAGCAGUCUCGUGUCUCUAAGUCCUCCACCGAAUCUGAGUAUCGGGCUAUGUCAACAGCUUGUUCUGAGAUUAUUUGGCUUCGUGGUCUUUUGGCUGAGCUUGGAUUCCCUCAAACAGAUGCAACACCUCUCCAUGCUGACAACACUAGUGCCAUUCAAAUUGCUACCAAUUCAGUCUUUCAUGAGCGCACUAAGCACAUUAAAGUGGAUUUCCAUUCUAUUCGAGAAGCUUUGGACAAUCAUGUUAUCUCCCUUCCUCAUGUCACCUCACAACUUGAGCUUGCAAACAUAUUUACCAAGGCUGUUCCUCGUCCACAACAUCAAUAUCUAGUUCACAAAUUGAUGCUUCUUGAUCAUCCGCAUCAAUUUGAGGGGGGAUGUUAA